UCUCUUUCACCGCCUAAACCCAACUUCAUCUUCAUCAAGUUUUUCUAGUUCUCCUUCUUCUACUACCAUACUCUACUCUAUACUGUUUGUUAGCAUACAUACAACCUUGUAUUCUGCUAAGCAGCAUUGGACAGUUGAACUAACUUGCUGUUUUGUGUCUUGUGUUUCAUACAUAACCUUCCCAACUUUCUCUCUCCCCUUAAAAAAAAAGGAGAAAACUGUGCCUGUUAUUCCGUGCGUUUCUCCCUUGCAAUUUGACUCUGCAUCCCCUCAAAAACCAUAUAUUUGUAUACCAUACACCAACACCAUAUGGCAAAAGAGCAAAAGCAGGGCAAAGGCCAAGACAGGGAAUUGGAACUGGAAAGUGACGAGGGUGAGGCUGAGAUUGAGGUUCCAUUGCCUCUCACAGCAACUUCUCGGGUUUUGUAUAUGUUGGGAGAUAUCACUGCAGGGCCUGCGUUUAGGUUCACGCAAUGGCUCCAAUUGGUUCGUAGACGCACUGCCAAAUACCGUUCCUCUGGCUUCCCUCGCCGCCUUUCUAUCACCAUGUCUUCUAGUUCUUGCAUCAGAGAAUCGAUUGAGGACUUUAAAGGGGACCUACACCCUGAUCAAACAGAGAUUAGCCUGUGGGAGAGGCUCGGGAAAGCUGCCAUGUUGGAUAUUGAAUCAAGCUCCUUUUCUUGGGACACGCUCUCGUCGCUGCACCACACCGAACACAGCAGUAGCAAUGAACAUUCUGAGGAUGAAAUGUGCAAGCCUCUUGAGGUAACUGUAAAUUCUGGAGGGGUUGUCUUCUUUGCCUUUUUCAAUUGCCUUGGGAGUUCUGACACUUUUCCAAAAGAAGCAGCAGCUGUUAUAAAGAUAGCAUCAUCAAGAAUGGCAACACAGUCUGAACGCCUUGGUUAUGAAUUCGCCAAGUGGUUGGGAGUCCGAACUCCACAGGCUAGAGUCAUUCACAAUACUAGUCCAGAAUGGCAACAAAUAAAGGAAGCUGCAGAAAAGGCUAGAGAAGCAGCAAAUUCUGAGGGUGAUGAAAUUGGUGAAGUGACGUGUUUUGAACUUUUAGAAGCACUUGAGCUUAGCCGAUGUCUCUUUUUUAUGAAUUAUGUACAUGGUUCACCUUUACUUGACAACUCCAGUGCAUUUGAGUCAUGGGAAUCUGCAGAAAGAACAUCAGAAGCUCUUGGCAGGGUACUGAUGCUGGACCUUGUCAUCAGAAAUGAAGACAGACUCCCUUGCCGGGUGCUUAGAUGGCGUGGGAAUUGUGCAAAUUUGUUGUCGGCCGAAAAGAUGAUCUCAGCAAAUACAGAUACUCUAGGAUCAGCUUUUGAUUCUGCAAUUAAUCGAUACAAACCGAAGUUGAUUAAGGCACUUCAAAAUGAAAGAAGGUCAACUUCAGUUGAUAGCAGACUCAGCUCUCAUGAUUCUGGCUUGAUAUCACAAACCUCUGAUCUUUCAGAGAUCACAGAAUCACCAAGAUCCACUGACAUAAGCCUUAGACGUCAAACAUCAGAAGAAUCACUGUCUUCUGCUGACCAUAACAUCGUAGCAAUUGAUUCCGGUGUUCCCCGGCGACCCCCUGCGGGGAAACGCGCAAAUGAUCAGGUUAAUUACCCUAAGUUGGUUGAGUUGCUGAUGAAUAGUUCUGGAUAUGCCUCUAACCUGUUAUAUGAUAUAACUGGAGGGAAAUUAGGUUGUCCUCCAUCAGAAGACAUGGAUACAACUGAUGUACAUACAAGUGAAAUGAGAUCAGUAAUCCGUGCAUUCAGGACAGGCUUCCGUGAUGCUCUUAGAGAUCUGCAGGGAUUCCAUAUAUUCCUACUCACUCUUCACCAAAGACUAGAUACUUUAUUACGAUCAUUUAUGAACAUUGUAAGCAAAAUAUCUGCGGGGGAAUCUGACAAAGACGAUUUUUUGAUUCCUGACUCACCUUCACUGGCUCCUGGUGGUUGUUUCUCCUCUCCAACAAGUAAGGAGAGGCUUGCUAAUGAUAACCAUCAGGAUUUUACUGACACAGAAUCACAUAAAACUGCUUGUAGGGCAUCAUCUUUGGGUAAUAGAGACGGCUAUGACUCUACUCCUAUGUCAAGAGAAAAUUGGCAUGGAAAGUUCUCGAAAGGAAAUGGGGAGCCACUUCGUAAUCUGCGCCUGACAGCUAAGCUCCGCGACUUCAAUAAAUUUGCCAAGGUUUUUGAUGCUGAAUCUAGUAAGGAAUUGGAACAGUGGAAUGAAAUGCUUAAAAAUGACGCCGUCAAACUAUGCCAGGAGAACAAUUUCAAUUCAGGAUUUUUCGAGGGUAGUGAUAAUAACAGUGCUGUUGAUGCAUAUGAACUCAAGGUCAGACUAGAGCACAUCCUUGAGAGAAUUGCAUUGAUAUCCGAAGCUGCAAGUACAGAGAGACCAUCUGCUGUUACAAGUAGUCUGUUCAUUGGUGGAGCACUGGCGGCAAGAUCCGUAUACACACUGCAAUACUUGGGAAUCACGUAUAUUUUGUGUUUGUGUACCAAUGAGAUCGGACAAUCUGAAUCUCAAUUUCCUGAUCUAUUCGAGUACAAAAAUUUCUCAGUGUGUGACAGUGAAGAUUUUGACAUCAACAACAUAUUUGAAGAAGCAUGUGAUUUUAUAGAUUAUGUUGAACAAAAAGGCCAGAGAGUUUUAGUUCAUUGCUUUGAAGGGAGAAGCAGAAGUGUUGCGUUGGUCCUUGCUUACUUAAUGCUCAGGAAGAAGUAUACUUUAUUAGAAGCAUGGCAGGCUCUGAAACGAGUACACCGGCGAGCGCAGCCCAAUGAUGGCUUUGCAAAGAUCUUACAAGAAUUGGAUCAGAAACUACAUGGGAAGGUUUCAAUGGAGUGGCAGCAGAGGAAGCCAACUAUGAAAGUUUGUCCGGUCUGCGGAAAAAAUGCUGGACUAAGCAGCAGCUCACUCAAGCUGCAUCUGCAGAAAGCACACAGAAAGCUGUCAUCUGGGAGUGUAGAUAGUGCCAUGACAAUGGAGAUUCAGAAGGCAUUAACAGCUUUGAAGAUUAGCCGUGGCGGAAGUGUCAGCCCCACACAAAGAUCUUCCCACUCCAUAAUAGAUCAAUAGAAACCAGAGACUCUACAUUUUACUCAGGCGAAUUAGAUGCUGGGUGGGGUGAAAAUUUUGGCAACAUAAGUAGCUAAUCCCCAAAGUGUGUUUUAAAUUAUACUUUUUAGCAAAUAGCUUUUAUUCUAUUAAGUGUAGGUAGAAUAUAGGCUUGGAGUUUGUUCAUUGGAAGUGUUGUUGUUCGUGUCAUAAGUCAUAACUCAUAAGCAAGUAUUUUCACAUGCCAACAGAGUGGUCAGUUAGGGAAUUAUUAUGAUGAUUUCAUACACUAAGAAUCAUGGAAUAUAUAUGUACUACAUACUCUAUAUUGCAAUCAAAAGCAAGCAUUUGAUCAUAUAUUAAA